ACAUUUUUAUUGCAAGAUAUAAAUCAUCCCAAGAUGGCGAUUUAAAGGGUAUGGAUUGAUGUCGUCACCCUUCUUUCACACCAGUUAUCACAACAAACCUCGGAUGGAAAAACUAUUGUUUUAAUUUUGGAUAAUGUAAUUAUCUGUGUCAAUAAUAAUUUGUGAUGUUAAUUUAUUGAUGAAAAAUAUACGAAAACAGGAGAAGUAAAUAAAUCUUAAAGGUAAUUUCAUCUAGAAUUUGUUGGAUUUCUCAAGGAAACCUGAACAUGAGAAAAUGCCGCUUCCUAUAACGUCUUCAGUGGACUAUAGACUAUUGGAGUGCAAUACAUAUUUACCUAUUUUGAACAAAAUAAUAUUUGAUGAGUUGACUGAGCUACUCAGGGAACUUUUACAGCAUUCUAUUGCCAAUUCUAAAAUAGAAGACUAUUAUCAUGCAGUUAAAAGAAAGUUAAAGAGACGAUUUACCCAAAGAGAAGAAGAACUCAUAUUCAAUGCUUCAAGAACUGGAUACCGACCUUUCGACAUAACAGUCAUAGCGGUACUCCUUCGACAUUUUUACGAGAAAAACAAUGUUGAAACACAUAUAACAUCACUGAUCAGAAUUAGAAACGAGUUAUGUCAUUUAAAAAAUACAAAUAUAACAGAAUCACAGUUUGACAUCUAUUUUGGCGAGUGCUGUGACAUAGCCUUUGCUUUGGAGGAAUACCUGAAGAAACCGAAGUUUUUGGUGCAGAAAUUCCAAAUUAUAUACGAAGUUAACACACGUUCCAAACAAGAUAGAAAUGGCAUACAAAUAGAAACAAUAAAACAUUCAUUGUUGGAUCUCGAACUCGCAUGUGAAGGCAUACAUUGUUCAGAAUGGGAGGAAAGACUUGAAUUCUUGGAGGAAAAUAUAAGUCAGAUAGACAGAGAAAUAAAUGAAAGCCAUAGAAAACUGGUUUAUUUGAAGAAAUAUGUACAGCAAGUGAAGGAGAAAUUUGAUGCACCAGAAGAAAAACAGUGGUUUGGAACUUCAAAAGACGAAGAACAAAUUGAGACUUAUGGACUUAAAUGUAGACAGAAAGUCGCAAAUGCCAGGACUAAACUUCAUCUGCCUUUGUGCAAAUCAGAAGAAUCUAGCCGAGAACAUGAUAAGCUCAGAUGUAAAUGGCAAAUGAACAAACAACCUCCUAUACGUUCGUAUGGAUUAGAGACUGUAAAUAGAAAUGCAGAAUAUGGUAUCAUAAAAUGUGUUGUUGAAAAUUUACUACCGAACGUUCAACAGGAGUUUACAGAAAAAAAUAAUAUUAAAGCAUAUAAUGGAAGAAGUUCAAAGGACAAAGAAACAUUCCACAAUUCUGCAGUUUUUUCCACUUUAAAAAAAUGGGAUAAGAAAUCUAAUGUUUUGAUGCCAAACCAGUCAAAUAAUGAAGAUCGACCAGUGGUUAGCAUAAGAAAUGUAACUAAAUAUAGUUGUGGUUUAGGAACAAUUGCUUGUGUUAACAAGGAAACUACCAGGAAUGAUACCCUGUUGUUUAAACCAGACCCUGUGUUUGAAACAAUCAAUCAGUUUUCAGAUGAAGUUGCAGGAAUCUGUCCAAAACUUUCAAAAACAGAAACAAAUGAAGCCGCCAAAAUGGAAUACACACGAAAACCAGUAGACUUUCCCUUAAUAGUUUGUGAAAAGGACCCGGAACCGGAAUCCCGUUCAACAUUUUCACCGCCACUCGAUCACAAUUAUUUCAAUUCAAAUAAAAUUGUUGUACCAGUAGGUAAUGGAGAACAUCGUCAACAUAGACAAUCUUACAAACCACAUUCACUGAAAAAAAUCAGUGAAGUUAUCUUGUUGGCAAAACAACUAUCCGAUGUGAAACCCAAAGCAAGAAAGUUAUAUGAAACUGUAUGUGUUUUGAUGAGAAACAGGAAUAGAAGAAGGAGAAAAAAGAUGAAAGACCGUUUGAAUGAUCUGGGAGUAGAUUGGAGGAUGGGUGUUACAGAACUUGAAUUAGAAGAUAUACCUCAAAGUAUUGGUUGUUAUUGUGGAACAGCUGUUGUACUCCAUUCAGAACAUAAAGAAGACUACCAUGACGCAGAAUAUUUUCUUAAAGAAGUGAACAGAAUAUUGCCAGAGGUCAAAAUAGAGCUUCAAGAAGAGGUGCGAUUGCCAGGAAAGAGAAAACUUGACGUACGGCCGUAUUUUUCUAGACAAUAUAUUUUUGUGUUAUUAUCUAAUUACAAGAAAUCGCAAACGUUUAAAUACAUAGUCGACAUGUGCUUGCUGUUAUCCUUACAGGAGGAGGAUAAACAUGGAAGAGUUAUUCCCGUUUUGUUUAGAAAGGAAGAUGAGCUACCUGACGCGUUUCUUCUAAAAGAACCAAUAGAACAUUAUGAUCAAAGUUCAAUGAAUAGACUGACACUUUUGUUUAAACCAAAACUACAAAGAUCGAUGUCUUGUUUGUGAUACCGGUAAUACAAAUGAAGGUUGAACUGUCUUAGUAUACAGUGUGAGUUGAUUCGCUGUUCUAUAAAAGUUGUUUAAUAUAAUGAUCGCCACAUUUUUGUAUAUUUAUGAGAAUUUGUUAUCUUACUUUAUUAUUUUAUUCAAUAUAUGAUGCAAUUUAUACUAAUAAAUCUUAAAACAUU